AUGGAAGUUUUGGAUCUCAGUGAUAAUUGGAUAGAGGAUACAUUUCCGACAUGGUUGGGAACACUCCAAGAACUAAAAGUUCUUGUUUUGAGGUCAAACAGAUUUAGGAAUCUUUUGAAUAUUCCUAAGGGAACUCGCCUCUUUCCCAAGUUACACAUUUUGGACCUCUCCAACAACAACUUUGGCAGUCCCUUGCCAGCCAACUUGAUUGUGAACCUUCAAGCCAUGAUGGAUAGUGAAAAUGGGCAAGAAAAAUCACUGUAUAUGAACUCGUCGUUUUAUGAGAAUUCCAUUACCAUGACCAUGAAAAGGCGAGAGAUUGAGCUAGUGAAGAUCUUAACUGUUUUCACAACCAUUGACUUGUCAUGCAACUCUUUCCAAUCGGAUAUCCCAGGAGUCAUUGGACGUCUUCACUCUCUCAUAGGGCUUAACCUUUCUCAUAAUCACCUUACAGGUUCCAUCCCUCUUACUCUAGGGAACUUGACUAAUCUUGAAUGGCUUGAUCUUUCUUCAAACAAGCUCAGUGGAGGAAUUCCUAGAAAAUUGGGAGAUUUGGCAUUCCUUGGGUGCUUAAACCUCUCAAAGAACCAACUCACUGGUCAAAUUCCUCAAGACAAGCAAUUGAGUACAUUUUCAAGUGACUCGCUUGGUGGGAAUCCAGGCUUAUGUGGAACUCCAUUGCCAAAAGCAUUCCCUGGCGAUGCUCAACCUCCUCAACCAUUGCCCUUGUCAACUUUCGACCACCAAGGGCAUGAGGGUUGGUUUAAAGCAAUAUGGAUAGGUUACGCAUCCAGAAUUGUAAUCGAGAUUUCCAUAUCAUACAUUGUAUUUAAAACGGGAAGGCCCAAAUGGCUCUUGUGA